UUUACAUAUCUCUCAAUUAUGUAUAUAUAAUCUUCAAAAGUGUAACUCGGAUUUACUACUACUACUACUACUACUAAUACUAGCAUUGUUAUUGCUAUAAUUGUUAUUGAUAUCAACAUCCCUAUUACUGUAGAAAUACAAAUGCGACUACAAUUACUAUAAAAAUUACAAAUCGAUCAUUAUGUCUGUUCUGCCGCACCAACAUUUUUCAGUGGUUAUGACAGGAACUAUGCAUCAGUACUGUUUCCUAUUAUGGAUACCGGAAAUAAGUGGAUAUUAUUAUCAUUCUUAAUGCCGUUAAUAACAUUUGAAAUAUAAAAUUUCUUCUAACAACAUUGAUAUAACUUCGCAAUUUGCUCCAGAACUUUGUCUCUAACAAGUGAAACACCAAAUAUUGAAUAUUUUGUAUUAAGGAAUUAAGGAAUACGCAAUAACCGCAAAGUCAACCAACGAUAUAUGAUAUUCGCACAAGGCAUAGUCCGACCGCCUACCCUAUGAUGCCAUAAAGUCGGAUCUCACUAUCAAAAUCUGGUUAAUUUCAUUGAAACUACAUUCGUCAAAGAUAAAAGCAAGAAACCGUCAUGACCCUUUACGCAAUGCUGAUACUCAUCUUAUUUUCUGCAGCCGCUGCGAAGGAAGGUGAUUAUAUGAUAUGUGUGAAUAGAAGCAAACCUUCCAUAACGGAUGAACAACGCUUGUUAUUAGCUUUAAUGGCCGACUACGACAAGGCUACACGUCCUGUGUUUAAUGCCUCGCACCCAGUGAAUGUUUACUUAGGUAUAACCCUCACACAGAUCUUUGAUGUGGACGAACGAAAUCAGGUUUUAACAACCAACAUUUGGUUAGAUCAGUCUUGGAAAGAUGAAAAACUAAUCUGGGAUCCAGCUGAUUACAACAAUUUAUCAGUAUUGCGUAUUCCGUGCAAUAAAUUAUGGCUUCCCGAUAUUGUUCUUUAUAACAGUGCUGACGAUUAUACGCAUGGCUACAUGCAAGCAUUGACCAUGGUCCACAGCGACGGAACAGUGUUCUGGCCACCUAUUGUCAAACUCAGGAGUACCUGUGACAUCAAAAUUACAUAUUUCCCAUUCGAUGACCAGAUCUGUCGAAUGAAACUUGGUUCAUGGGCCUAUGACGGAUUUCAAGUAAAUGUACAUGACAGCGAAAAAGCUAUCGAUCUGGAUAAUUUUGUAUCUAACGGUGAAUGGCUUUUAGUCGAUGUUAAGGUAAAAAAGAAUGUAGUGUACUACGCUUGCUGUGAUGAACCAUUCCCAGAUGUCACUUUCUAUAUCCAUAUGAGACGGCGGACUCUAUAUUAUACAUACAACGUCAUCAUUCCGUGCGUUAUGUUAUCUAUUCUGACACUGAUGGGUUUCUGGAUGAGACCAGACAGUGGAGAAAAAGUUACCCUCGGUUUAACUGUGCUACUUGCCUUUUCAGUAUUCAUGUUACUGAUUGCUGAAAAUAUGCCGGCUACUUCUAAUUUUGUUCCCCUUAUAGGUAUCUAUUUAACAGUUAUUAUGGCUCUGACUUCGUUGUCGGUAAUUUUGGCUGUGAUCGUAUCCAAUAUCAACAACCGAGGAUUCCAUCAGAAAAAGUUACCAUCAUGUGUCCUAACGUUUAUUACUCUCACCUCAAAAUUGGUUUGUUAUAAGUUGGAAUAUAUUCACAAGGUAAAAUAUGAAGAAAUAAAGUCCUCUUCAUUUCAAGUGGUUGUUAAACGAAACAAGAAGAAAUACACUCGGGCACAUCCGAGCGAGUCUGGAUGUAAUCUCAUAGAGUUCGAAAGCAAUGAUCAGACUGCAUAUUCAAGCCGUGUGGUCGAAGACAGCAACUUAACACAUCGAGGCACUCACAGAACUAGGGGCGUGCAGGUAUCUUGCGGAUCAGAGAGUCCGCGUUCUUGGGAAGCCGAAGAGAUACUCGCGAAACUACAGAUUCUGCUCAACAGAGAAGAAGAGAAGCUACACGAACUAGCCUUAAUGAAACAAUGGCAGGAAGUUGCUGAAGUCGUUGACCGCUUGCUGUUCUGGAUGUUUGUGCUUUCCACCUUGUUCUGUUCACUUUCCAUACUUGUCUUCAUACCGAUGACCAAGUCAAAACAAGCGAUUGACAUUGAAGAAUGAAAUACAAAUAUAAUAGGAGGAAAACAUUUAAAUAUAUGUUUGUAUUCAGAAUCAUAUAUAAAGUAAUGAAAGUGUAUAUAUAUAUGUGCAUAUACAUAUAUAUAAAUAUAUGUAUAUAUACAUAUAUUCCUAAAUACAUAUAUGCAUGCAUACAUAUAUUCACCUGUAUAUACACACAUAUAAAUACACCUAUUUGUGUGCACAUAUACGUGUGCCUAUGUUCUUGCACGCACUGACAUAUAAACUUAGCUCAGAAGAACAUUCUUCAAAAUAGAUCGGAUUUAAUCGCCCACAAGACAAAUAUGAAAAGAAAUAAAUCUCUUAAUUGAAACUUAAAGCUACAAACUUUGUUUCUAUGUGACAGACAUGAAAAACAAAGAAUAUACAUACGUAACGAAAUCAUGGAAAAAGCAACCACAAAAAUCAAUAAUAAUAAUGAUGAUGAUAAUGAUGAUGAUGAUGAUUAUAAUCAUAUUACUAUUGCUAUGAAUAUUAUUAUUACCAUUUUUAUUAUCAGAAUUUUGGUAGUAAUAUUGAUGAUGAUGAUGAUGAUGAUGAUGGUGGUGGUGAUAACAUUAUUAUGUUCAUGAUAACGAAGUAUAUUAUGAUUAGCACUUCACAUGAACUAUAUCCUAUUGCAAAAAAAAAACAAAGCCAAAUGUGGUGUGGACAUGUCAAAUUCCAUCAUCGCAU